AGUAGCAGGCCUAUACGUAGCUAUGCGUCAUGAUAUGUUAUGGUAUGCAAAUAUAUUAUUCAUUUGUUAAUUUUAGUAACUAAUGGAAACAAUGUUAAAUAUUCUAGGAGGUAGACAUGGGAUAAAAGGGAAAGUUCAUUCAUUAUACACGGAACUAAAAGGUAACUUAAGGUGUGUUGUUUUUAACAGCUGAAACUAUUCGUCCAAUGUUAUCCUUUAGACACAGUUAACUAUUAAAAUAUUUGCAGCCUUUAAAUAUCGUGGUCUUGGGUGUGUUUCAGAGCAGAAAUCUAGCUCCCUUCCGAUAUUUUUUAGACGUGAGAGCUUUUCUUUCGACGUCCGUGCUUGUAGAAUAUAACCGGAAGUGCUUUACAUUUAGGUUUGCUCCCGAGGCCCUGCACUCUCUAUUAGCUCGCUAGCAUCGCAGUGUUUAACUGCAGUGGCUCGUUUUUGACAAGGCAAACGAAGCAGAUUUACCGGUGUGCAGCUGAGUUUGGGAUUGGUGAAGAUAUGGGAGACCCUUCCCUAAGCCGGGACUGCCCGCUUGAUUGUAAAGUCUAUGUUGGCAAUUUGGGCAACAGUGGUAAUAAAACUGAGUUGGAGAGAGCAUUUGGAUAUUAUGGUCCCCUGAGGAGUGUAUGGGUGGCAAGAAAUCCUCCCGGCUUUGCUUUUGUGGAGUUUGAGGACCCCAGAGAUGCAACUGAUGCUGUUAGGGAACUUGAUGGAAGAACACUGUGUGGUUGUCGAGUGCGAGUUGAAAUGUCCAGCGGUGAAAAACGGUCAAGGUAUCGAGGACCACCCCCUUCUUGGAAUCGCCGCCCACGCGAUGAUUAUAGACGCCGCAGCCCACCCCCUAGACGCCGGUCUCCUAAGAGGCGGAGCUUUAGUCGUAGUCGAAGCAGGUCCCUUUCCAGAGAGAGGAGAAGAGAGAGGUCUUUGUCCCGCGAUAGAAACUAUAAACCUUCAAGGUCCUUCUCAAGAUCACGCAGUCGCUCACGUUCCAAUGGUCGGAAGUGAGAAACGUUCAAGGCCAGCCUUGGUAGAGAAAGCAUGUCUGUGCGCUCCUCAACAGACAAGGAUAACUGAAAACCGUGAUGGGUUUUUUUUGUUUGUUUGUUUUUUUCUUUGCCCCAAAAGUCUUUUUAAAAUGUAUCUUCCUCCAUAGUGUUCUGAGUAUUCUUUUUUUACUUAAGAUAUCUGUGCUUAAUGGGUAGCAGUGGUUUCAUCCUGCCUGAAUGUAAUUUUAUGCUCUUUGGGCAGUAAAAAGAUUCUGAUUAGAAUAACUCAUGUCUGACUUAUAUGGUCAUUUGAAACCAAUUUUGUAUGCUUUUGUUUGUACUUCCAUUAAAAUAAGUUCCUUAUGAA